UAAUUAAGCGUAUUGUCAAGAAGACAUCGGAUGUCCCGGAUACAAACUGGGCUAUGCCAAUGGGACUGUCAGCAAGUAUUCUCAAGAUUCUUACUGUAUCCUACCUACCUAAUAACCUGAAGGGCGGUAUGUAAAUUGGACCCUUGAGAGUAUAACUUUGGUGAACCUUGGCACUUCAUCUCGUAACAAGAAAAAAAUCCUCUCCGGCUCGACAACGUCGCUUGAAUUUCGCCUCAGAUAAUUUUCCUGACUAUCCAUCACAACUCUUUCGUCUAUGAAAAUAUGAGAAGAACAUAGACAACAAAUGUUGUCUCACUUUGCCCCACCCAAGACUGCAGCUGUUCGGAGUUAGCGCCCGCUGCUGUGUAUCUGCCCAACUUGGCAACAACAUCCCGUGUGACAGCCGCCGUCCUUCACAGACACAAAAAAAAUCCGGCCCACGACGACCUAAACAUGGCAACGAACGAGCUCUUCCAAUACUCGGUAGUAUCCGCCCUAAUGGACGGCGUCGCCUCCAACGGCCUCCCCGUAUCGGCCCUCCUCGCCAACGGCGACCUCGGCCUCGGCACCUUCCGCCACAUGGCCGGCGAGAUGAUCGUCCUCGACGGCCGUGCCCACCAGAUGAAGGUCGACGGGACCAUCACCCCCUCCGACCCGGACGUCGACGUCACCCCCUUCGCCAUGGUCACCCGCUUCCGGCCCACGGCGACCGUGCGCGCCGCCCUUCCCUCAAAGGAGAGCCUCGCCCACCUCCUGGACCGCCUCUUCCCGCGCAGCCGCAAUGCGUACGUCGCCUUCCGCAUCGACGGCGCCUUCCGGUCCGUGACGGUGCGCACGGCGGAGGGCCAGCGGUUCCGCGGCGAGGGCCUGGCGGCCGUGGGGGCGCGGCAGGUGACGCACACGUUCGGCGGCGGUGGUGGGGCGGUGGUGCGCGGUGCGGCGGUCGGGUUCCGGUCGCCGGCGUUCCUGCAGGGGGUCAGUGUUGCGGGGGUGCAUCUGCACUUCAUCGCCGAGGACGGGGAGAGGGGCGGGCAUGUGCUCGCGCUUGAGACGGAUGGGGAGGUGGAUGUCGGGGCGGCGGCGCUGACGAGGGUCGUGCUGGAGUUGCCGGCGGACGAUGAGGAGUUCAAUGCUGCGAGGCUGGAGAGGGAUUCUGAGGGUAUACAGGCUAUUGAGGGAUAGGGGUGGUGUUGGCCGGAACUGCUGUCCAAUUGCGUUUUUGGGGUAGCUCCCAAGGACUAGAGUUUGAGGGUGUCAUUGGGAGGUGGGCGAAAACAACUUUUCGGGAGAGUGGGAUGCGUGGAGUUGCAAGGUUUGGGAGUAC